CUCCUGCAGUCUCCAGUCUCUGUGACACCGCAGCAUGGAGCAGACGUCUGAGCAGCUCGCCGUGCACUGGAAGCACAAGGUGCUGGAGCUGCUGUACUGGCGGGACGUGAGGGCCAGUGGGCUGGUGUUCGGCUGCAGUCUCUUCUUCCUGCUCUCCCUCCUCAGCUGCAGCAUCAUCAGUGUCCUGUCCUACUCCACACUGGCCCUGCUGUCCCUCACCCUCCUCUUCAGGACAUACAGGGGCGUUCUGCAGGCCAUCCAGAAGUCUGAUGAGGGGCAUCCAUUCAAACGGUACCUGGAUCAGGAUGUAGCUCUGUCUAAAGAUAUGGUGCAGAGGCACAGUGACGUGGUUCUGAGCCGGAUCAAUGGUGCAGUGAUGGAGCUGCGGCGUCUGUUUCUGGUGGAGGACAUGAUCGACUCGCUGAAGUUCGCUGUGUUUCUGUGGGUCCUCACACAUGUGGGUGCCUGGUUUAACGGACUCACGCUGCUCAUUCUCGGUCUGAUUGGAGCUUUCAGCGGCCCAAUAGUCUAUGAGAGACAUCAGGCUCAGAUCGAUCAGAUCAUUUUCACGCUGAAGAGCCGUGUGAAGGAUGGCAUGGGCCAGUUUCAGGCCAAGGUUCCUGGAGCGAAGAAGAAGUCGGAGUGAUUGUGGAACAGCUCUGAUCUCCUCUCAUCAUCUCUAUCUCUGUCUCUGUCUGUUUUCCUCACUCUUCGGUUCAUUCACAUGACUGCAUCUUCAUCAAGUUGCUCUGUUGCUCUGAUACUGAUUGUGAAACACUGAUUGCUGAAUAAAUUCAAUAUAAUGUUUAAUGUCUGAGAAAUGUGGUUUUGAUCCUUCAGAAAAUGAAAUGCACUUCAGGUCUGCUUUCCUUUUUUAAUGAAGGAAGUUGAAGAGUACCAGUAUUGGCUUUUUGUGACGUUUAAGUUCCUAUGACUGUGAUUUUACUAAAUUGACUGGAGUUUCUCUGUCAUACUCGCUUAUCUUAGCAACUUUUCUAGAUAUCAGAACAUUUGAGCUCCCCUGCAGGAUCAUCUCUGGAUGAACACGUUUACAUGAAGCUUCCUCAACAGAAGUUAUUGUAUUUAAAUCUAUUUAUCUCUGGACCGAUUGCUAAAGCGAGCAGCGUUUGCCAUGCUAACUGGGAAUGAAACUCGUCCCGUUGUCUGAACUCUGUGAAUGCAUUUUGAGAUGUUAAUGAGAACCAAUAAAGCUUCUAGAUCGAUCA